AUGUCACCAUACCAUGUGGAAAGAUCCAGGAAUUCUAUGAGCAGAUCAUCACUAGUUUCUGUUUAUGAUGAUCAAUCUCCUGAGGAGAGUAGUUGGACAAUGUAUUUUGAAGAUUUCUCAAAUAAUAAUAAUGUUCAUAUGAAUGAAAGCAGCUCUUUUUCUUCUGAUAUGAAUUACCAAACCUCUUCUCUAGUUUCUGAUGCUGCCUCUUCUGCUGCUAGAAGACAUGUUUUUGGAGCUUCUUUAGAUCAUAAAAGCUAUAACAGUUUGAGUUUCAGGAAGCGAAAGACUAAAGGAUCAGCUGGUUUGGUUAACGAUGAUUUGGAAGAUACUGCUAGUUCUCCUGCUAAUAGCCCCGAGGUUUGUAACCUGGUGAACCACUUUGAUAAGAACCUGAAGCAGAAGGAUGCUAAGGAAAUGUCGCAGGAGAAAGGAGGUGCUUCAGGACAGAUAGAUGAGAGAAAUGGUGAUGAAUUGGGUUUUAAUGGAAGAGAAAAUGAUGGCACUGAACUAAAGAAAAAGGGUCUUUGUUUAGUUCCUUUGUCUAUGGUAGUACAUUAUCUAGGUUGA